CGGCGGGCACGGGGUCUAGUCUGCCGCUCCGGGGUCUCUCCCGCGUCGUCCUCGCCACCGCGCCCCGGAUUCUACCAUAGGAACUGGUAAGAAGAAGGUGACUCUGAAGCCUGAAUUUCUGAGGAUGAAAACUCUAAUAGGUCAAUGUCAGACAAACUCACAGUGAUGGAGCCCCUUACCCCCAAGUCUGGGGAAGUCCAUGAUCCCAGAUUAGGGGAGCUAUUGGGGAAUCCAGAAAAGCAGAACCUGGGGAAUUCUCCCUCUCAGGAAGAAGGCCAGGUGACAGUUACUCAUUGGAAAAUCCAAACAGGAGAGACAGCCCAGGUGUGCAGUAAGUCAGGAAGAAACCCUAUUUUGAACUCAAACCUUCUUAUACUCCAAAGAGAGCUUAUAGAAGGGGAAGCCCAUCCUUGUGAUAUUUGUGGCAAAAACUUCACAUUUAAUUCAGACCUGGUUAGACAUCAGAUUUCUCAUAAUGGAGAGAAAACUUACAAAUGUGAUCAGUGUGGGAAAGUCUUUGGCCAGAGCUCACACCUUACUGAGCAUCAGAGAAUUCACACCGGAGAAAGACUGUAUGUAUGCAAUGUGUGUGGGAAAGACUUCAUUCACUAUGCAAGUCUUAUUGAACAUCAGCGAGUACAUACGGGAGAAAAACCCUUUAAAUGUGCUCAGUGUGGGAAAGCGUUUGGUCAUAGCUCUGACUUGAUUAGACACCAAAGGGUUCAUACCAGAGAGAGGCCUUUUGAAUGCAAAGAAUGCGGAAAAGGUUUCAGUCAGAGCUCCUUACUUAUUCGGCAUCAGAGAAUUCACACGGGAGAAAGGCCCUAUGAGUGUAAUGAAUGUGGGAAAUCCUUCAUUAGGAGCUCAAGCCUUAUUCGACAUUAUCAGAUCCAUACAGAAGUGAAACAGUAUGAAUGCAAAGAAUGUGGAAAGGCCUUCCGUCAUCGCUCAGAUCUUAUUGAACACCAGAGAAUUCACACCGGAGAGAGACCUUUUGAGUGUAAUGAAUGUGGGAAAGCGUUUAUUCGGAGUUCAAAGCUCAUUCAGCAUCAGAGAAUUCAUACUGGAGAAAGACCUUAUGUAUGUAAUGAGUGUGGAAAGCGUUUUAGCCAGACUUCAAACUUUACCCAGCAUCAGAGAAUUCACACUGGAGAGAAACUCUAUGAAUGUAACGAAUGUGGGAAAGCAUUCUUUCUGAGUUCGUACCUUAUUCGACACCAGAAAAUUCACACUGGAGAGAGGGUGUAUGAAUGUAAAGAAUGUGGGAAAGCUUUUCUCCAGAAAGCCCAUCUCACUGAACAUCAGAAAAUCCACACUGGGGACAGACCCUUUGAAUGUAAGGACUGUGGGAAAGCUUUCAUUCAGAGCUCCAAGCUGCUUCUACAUCAGAUCAUUCAUACUGGAGAAAAGCCCUAUGUAUGUAGUUAUUGUGGAAAAGGCUUUAUUCAGAGGUCAAACUUCCUUCAGCACCAGAAAAUCCAUACUGAAGAGAAGCUCUAUGAGUGUAGUCAGUAUGAGAAAGAUUUUAACUCAACCCAAAACUUUAAAAAUAAUCAAAGUGUUCAUCAAGAGGGACUUCCCUUGAGUAAGGCCCCCAUACAUUUGGGUGAGAGGUCUGUAGGUCAGGGGGAACACACAGAUAACUUAUGAAACAGUUAUUCUUGAACUCAAUGAAUGAUGUUUAGAAAUGAGUGGGAUUAGGAUUCAUGUGGCUUCUAAGAUUUGGACAGGUCUGAAUUUUGUGAGUCAUGGUUGGGGCAGCUUUUGGAGUGGGCUACCACAUGUCACUGCAGUACUCCCAGACUUAUCCUCUUCCACAGCUAUGAACAUUGUCCUCAGAAGAGUCAUGGGGCUUUAUAACUGACUGAGCUGGAGCAGUGGGAACAGGGAGACAGGUGUCAAGACAAGAUUUUUACAUUUUAUUCAGUUAAAAUCAUCCUUGAGUCAAAUCCCUUUUAGAGCAGAACUGUGUAUAUAAUCUUAGUUCUUAGAAGAGUAUUACCUAGCAAAUUAUGAUAAAAAAAAAUCAAGGUGAAGAAAUACAACUUUUUAAUGCAAAACCAUGAACUGGUUCCCUAUUGUCCUUAGAAUGAACUCCAAACUUCCUGUCAUGCAUCCUAAGACCUCUUGCUUCUCAAGCCUCAUCUCCCACCACGUAACUCCCUGCUGUACUCCAGCAACACUGUUUAAUAUUCCACACACACUCCACAUUGUUUUCCUACCUCUUGCCUUUCUUUUUGUUUAAAGGGUCUCCUCAGCUAACUCC